AUGGUUAUCAAAGGAAAAUCCACCAGCGCGAAUGAAGACAACAAUAACGGCGAGCCUGAUGUCAUAAGCCCCAGCUGGAAAUCCUUAUUCGGUUUUACGGCACGAAGACAUCUCCCGACUCUCAUAUUAGGAUCCAUUCUCGCGCUAAUUGCUAGUUGUGUGACGCCUGCCCUGGCUGUCUUCCUUGGGAAUGUAUUCGACUCAUUCACGGGUUUCGGAGCAGGUCUGGUCAAUUCUCAAGGACUGCAGAGAUCGAUAACUCAAAGUUGUUUCGGAAUGAUCGGACUAGGAGCAGCAGGCUGGUUCUUAAAUGGAGCAUAUUAUGCAUUCUUCGUUGCGUUCGGUGAAAUGCAGGCCUCUACCAUCCGCAGUGAAGUGUUCGUUGAACUUUUGAAGCGGGAUGUUCAGUGGUUUGAAGCUCAAAGCGAGGGUUCCGGGGCUUUCUUAUCCAGAGUUCAAGCACACAUACAUGAAAUGCAGAUGGCGACUUCACAGCCUCUUGGGCUCCUCUUGCAGUAUUCGUGCCGAUCUUUGGCGUCGCUAGCGCUUGGCUUUUAUACAUCAUGGAGCCUCUCCCUGGUCACUCUUGCGGCAUUCCCAAUAUUCUCGUCAAUCAUCGCAUUUCUAUCUUCAAGAAUGAAAUCCAGCAUUCAGGCGCAGCAGGAUGCACUCACUGAAGCAUCUAAAGUUGCCAACAAUGCCAUCACCAAUAUUGAUACGGUCAAAUAUCUCAAUGGCCAAGCAUGGGAACAUCGGAGCUUUCGUGAGCACAUCGAAGCUUCCGCCAUACACUAUCUUCGACAGGCCAGACUCAACUCGCUCCAAAUUGCCUUCAUUCGCUGGAUGAUGUUCGGAAUGUUCGUCCAGGGAUUUUGGUACGGAAGCUCGCUGGCUCGAUCUGGAAAGCUCACAUCUGGCGAAGUUCUCAGAACCUUUUGGGCUUGCUUAACUGCAGCUCAAUCCAUUGAACAAGUUUUGCCGCAGAUGAUUGUGAUGGAGAAAGGCAAGGCUGCUGGUUUGGCUCUCAAAUCAAUAAUCGAGAGGACGAAAAACAGAGCUGUGAGCGAGAUCAGAGGCCGAUAUCCACUACACUGUGAGGGUGACAUAGAGGUCAACAAUGUCUCAUUUGCAUAUCCUAGCCAACCCGACCAAUGUGUUCUAAACCCAUCAACUUUCUUCUUCCCAGCCGGCGAAACAACAUUCGUUAUUGGAAAGAGUGGAUCUGGAAAAAGCACACUCAGUCAAUUACUGAUGCGGUUUUAUUUGCCCACAUCAGGCGAGAUCCUGAUCGACCGCACCCCGAUGCAAGAACUGGACGUCAACUGGAUCCGCAACAAUGUUACCCUCCUCGAGCAAAAGAGUGUGUUGUUCAACGAGUCUAUGCUUACAAACAUCGCGUUUGGCCGUCAGGACUACGAAUAUGUCACAAAAGACGACGUUCAAGACUCUAUUGAUCUAGCCAUGCUUCAAAACACCAUGGAUGGCCUUCCAUUGGGAAUUGACACCAAUCUUGGCCCUGGUGGGAGCUCUCUCAGCGGCGGCCAAAGGCAGAGAGUGGCAAUUGCCCGAGCAAAGCUACGAGAUACACCAAUUUUGAUAUUGGAUGAACCGACCAGUGCCCUUGAUCACACCAAUCGGGUCGCAGUUAUGAAGGCAAUUCGUGAAUGGCGGAAAGGAAAGACAACAAUCAUAAUCACGCACGAUAUGUCUCAAAUUAUGGAUCAAGACUUCCUGUAUAUUCUGGAAAAGGGUUCGAUCGUGCAAAGCGGAUACAGAUAUGCUGUCGAAGUCAGUGCGGGAAGUGAAAAGUAUUUCCGACCCAAGGCCGGCAGUGGGGUGGAAGCAAAAGUGAUUCCGACCAGACGAGCCUUUGACGAUUUGGACAUCCGCCCAGGAAAGUCCGGUGAAGCCUUUGAAACCCUGCUACCCCCACCAUUCUUACGCGAACAUCGACGUUCGAGAACAUCAUGGGCCCAAGAUCAUAUCCCAAUUACCCUCCGCUCCAGCUCACUCGACUUGACAUCACGACGAGACUCAGAUUUCAUAACCAGACGAAGAGAGUCACAGGCGCUUCCCUUGCGUGAUUGGAACCAACGUGUGUCCUUCUUUACAGAUGACACCAGUCCUCAUCCCGAUUCAAACCAAAGCACGGCUCGUUUCUCGACUCAAGACGUUGAGAUGACACCGAUCGACUAUCAUGACGCACCAAUUGAUAAGCAACUCCAGAAUAGCGCUCUUGCUUCCCAUAACCUCGUGGAGAGAAGGCCCCGACAAAGACACUGGCGUAGGACUAAAAAGUCAAAACAGCAUUUCGUGAGAAAAGACAAGAUUACGCCUCUUUCUCAGAUCAUGGGAACGAUCGUACCGAGCCUUAAUCUCAAGCAGCGCGUGCUUCUUUUCCUGGGGCUCUCGGCCUCGCUGGCCCAUGCUAGCGCCACCCCAAUAUUUUCAUACUGUCUGUCGCAAUUAUUCGGGACCUUUUAUGCAGGGAGCAACAGCGCACACCUCACAAUGACUUGGUCUCUUGCCGUACUGGGGGUCUCUUUUGGGGACGGGGCGGCCUCUUUUUUCAUGCACUACUUUCUCGAACUAUGUGGUGAGGUCUGGAUGGAUAACUUCCGCAAGAACGCUUUCGAGCGAAUUCUUGAUCAGCCAAAGGCUUGGUUUGAGCAAGACGGUCACGGUUCUCUCAGGCUCACCUCGUCUCUUGACCAAAAUGGAGAGGAUAUGCGCAACUUGCUUGGUCGGUUUGCCGGCUUUGUCGUUGUUGCUGCAGCUAUCACCGUGAUGUCGAUUAUCUGGAGUUUAAUCGUUUGCUGGAAGUUGACUCUUGUAGCCCUAUCUUGCGGGCCAGUGAUCUACAUCAUCACCCGAGGGUUUGAAGGAACCAACGGCAUGUGGGAACGGCGAUGCAAUGAUGCGAAUAACGAUGCAGCUGACGUAUUCACGGAGACAUUCACAGAGAUUCGUACUGUCAGAACAUUGACACUGGAAGGCCACUUUCACCGCAAACAAGCCAAUGCCAUCGCCCGAUGCUUGAUACUUGGGCUGAAACGUGCCAUUUACACGGGCAUGCUGUUUGGCAUGGUGGAAUCGACUGUGAUUUUCUCCAGCGCUUUGAUUUUCUAUUAUGGAGCGGUACUUGCAGCAUCCGGGGAGUUUAAUGUGAAUGAUGUGAUGACAGUGUUCUCGAUGCUCCUUUUCAGCAUCGGAUACGCAGCACAGAUUCUUUCAUGGAUUCCGCAAAUCAACACUGCUCGCGAGACUGCGACGCAGCUUAUCCGACUCGCAAAGCUCCCCCGCGAUGGAUCACACGAGCACAUUGGCUCCCUGACGGUCUCAAAGCUCACCCCUAUAAAGUUCACCAAUGUGGAGUUCAGAUAUCCUUCUCGACCCAAAACGGUGGUGUUGAAAAACGUCUCUCUCGAGAUCCCACGCAACUCCUGCACGGCACUGGUGGGACGAUCGGGAUCCGGAAAAUCUACAGUCGCUUCGCUCAUAUUAGCACUCUAUGAAACGCCUAUUUCUGUAACGGGAGGCUCUACAGUCACGCUCGGUGGCACAGACAUACUCCGUCUACAUGUGCCGACCCUCCGGUCACAGAUAUCUAUAGUCUCACAGCAACCUACGAUCUUCCCUGGGACCAUCCACGACAACAUCACAUACGGCCUUGAUCAACAUUCUCCACUAGCCACAUCGCACAGUGUUCGCAUUGCAGCUCAGGGGGCUGGUAUUGACGACUUCAUUUCCUCUCUUCCGCGUGGCUACAACACUGUCAUCGGAGAUGGCGGAAUCGGCCUUUCAGGUGGACAGAAGCAACGCGUGGUCAUCGCCCGGGCGCUCUUGCGCCAGCCUCAAAUAUUGAUCCUUGAUGAAGCCACUUCUAGCCUGGAUCCUGCUGGUGCGGAGGUUGUGCGUCAUACAGUACAGCAAUUGGUCGCCACGCGUCAGGGACUUACUGUCAUCAUCAUCACACACGCGAAAGAGAUGAUUGAGAUUGCCAAUCAUAUUAUAGUACUUGAGCAGGGGGUUGUUGUGGAGGAUGGGCCAUAUGCGAAAUUAUUGAAGAUAACUGGUGGGAAGUUGCACUCUUUACUUAGUGACCCCGAAGAGGUCGGCACAUAG